AGCUUUCAAACAUUAAAUAUCUGAAAAUUGAAAUCCUCCCAUAUAUUUAUCAUCAAGCCAAAAGAUACAGCAAACAUAUUUUAUAUUAGCUUAACUUUAAUUUUAGAAGCUGAUCAUAAUCUAAAUCUUGUCCAUGUUGUCUCUAAGUUAUCCCACCUUCUUAUACAUACUUUUUAUCUGUUCUCCUAUGACUAUUUAUAGCAUGCUUGCUUGCUUAGAAGAUGGUUCUGUGAUUUUUGAUACUAAUAACAGUAUUCUGAUAUCACCAGGUGAAGUUUUUGAACUUGGGUUCUUCAAUCUUGAUAAAAGCUUCAGUAAAAACAGGUAUCUGGGCAUAUGGUAUUACAAGUCUAAUCCAAAGAUAGUUGUAUGGGUUGCUAAUAGAGAUAAGCCUCUGGAAUCCAUUGGAAAACUUGUCGUAAAAGACGGUAUAGCUGAGGUGUUGGGUACUAAUGGUUCGUCUUAUUGGAAAACUGAUCCUGUUGUAUCUGUGAAUUCAACAAAACUUUGUUUGAGUGAUCCUGGAAACUUGAUUUUAUAUAGAAAUCUAGGAACUCGAAUAAUUUGGCAAAGUUUUGAUCACCCAACUGACACAUUUCUUCCAGGGAUGACGAUUAAUGGGAGCUUAAAUCUUACUUCAUGGUCAAAUCCCAGCAAUCCUGCAUCAGGGCCUGCUCGCUUUCUGCUACAACCAGGAAACAAUGGUAGAAUGUUCAUAAACGAAGACCGUUAUAGAAAAUAUUGGGACAGCCGAGCUGAUCCAUCUGCACAAAUUCCACCUGCUUUAUCUAAAUUAUUGAAUGCUGUGAAUGGAAAAAGCUCUCUUCCAAACAACACAAGAUUAGUGAUGAACUUCACUGUCCAAUCUGGACAGAUUCAGUUUUGGAAGCGUGGUUUUGAUGAAAGUUGGUUGCUUGAUUGGGUUGAGCCAAAGGAUAGGUGUAGUUUUGAUGCUGUGUGUGGAAACUUUGGAAGCUGCAAUAAUAAUAGUGGGUUGCCUUGUAAGUGUCUGCCAGGAUUUAAGCCUAGUUCAUUAAUGGACUGGAAUUUGGGAUGUUUUUCUGGUGGGUGUGUGUCAGAAUCAGGAGCUCCUGCUGAGAGACAUGAUAGUAAUACGGAUACAUUCAUGAGAUUGCCUAUGAUGAAAGUGGGAGGAUUAGACUGUAGUACAUCUAUAGAAGAAGAUGCACUCACAGAAGAGGAUUGUAAGCAUCAAUGCCUUUUCGAGAUUACUUGUGUGGCUUACUCUUAUGGUACUGCUAAUUGCAAUGGAACUCACAGUCCUACAGAGAAGAGGUGCUUAACAUGGUCUGGUCUAGGGGGCUUACAAGAGGAGUAUUCUCAAGGGAUUACCAUCUUCGUCCGCACUCCAUCUUCAAACAUAGAAUCAUCAUCAAGACACUGCAAGCCUUGUGGAGCUUAUGCAAUUACUUACCCCCUUAGUACAAAUGGAACAAAUUGUGGAGAUUCCUCAUACAGAAAUCUUCACUGCAAUUCAGAGACAGGGCAGGUUAACUUCUCAAGUGGCACAAGGACUUUCAGAGUUACAUUAAUCAAUCCAAAUAACUUUACCAUCCAAGUCAUGCAGGCCAAUAGUUGUCACAGUGAAUAUUUAAACUCAUUUGUUUUGUCACCCAACAGUCACUUGCCAUUCUAUAUCAAAAAUUGCACCAUUUUUAAGGAUAAUCCUUUUAUUCAACUAGGACAGCCUUUUAUAGAAGUUGACAUAGGUUGGCAACCACCACCAGAACCCAGUUGCAGUACAAUUUCAGACUGUUUUUCUUGGCCUGAAACUUCUUGCAAAGCUACUAAAGGAGGUGAAAGGAGGUGCAUGUGUAGAUCAAAUUUUCAUUGGGAUGGCUCAAAUUUGAAUUGUGUCAGAGUGCCUUCCCAUCUCAAGGUUGUAUUUGCAUGCAUAGCUGCUGUGCUAGCAGUUAUUCUUCUUCUAUUUGGCGCAUUCCUUAUUUGUCAAAAGCGUAAGAGGAGGAUUGCUGAGAAGAAAGGCUCUAUUAACUUCAGGGAAGAUGAAACUGAAGGUUUAGAUAUCCCAUUUUUCAGCUGGGGAAGCAUACUUGCUGCUACGAACAUUUUUGCAGAUGAAAAUAAGCUUGGAACAGGAGGAUUUGGUUCCGUGUACAGGGGAAAGCUCCCAGAUGGAAGGGACAUUGCUGUGAAAAGGUUAUCAACUGUGUCAAAUCAAGGUGUUGCAGAAUUUAGGACUGAGGUUGUAUUGAUUGCCAAACUCCAGCAUCGUAACCUUGUAAGACUUCUAGGAUAUUGUGUGAAAUCCGAUGAGAACAUUUUAGUCUACGAAUACAUGCCUAAUGGAAGCCUGGACUCAUGUUUAUUUGAUCAAACUUUUUCUGUCUACUUGGACUGGGGGAAGCGUUUUGACAUCAUCUUCGGAAUAGCUAGAGGCCUUGUUUAUCUUCACCAAGACUCGAGGCUUAGAGUUGUUCAUCGUGACCUGAAACCAAGCAACAUUUUACUUGAUGAGGAUCUCAAUCCAAAAAUUUCGGACUUUGGUAUAGCAAGGAUUGUUGGAGGGAAAGAAGCAGAGGCAACUACAAGCAAAGUUGUUGGAACUUAUGGUUAUAUGUCUCCUGAGUAUGCAUGUGAAGGAUUCUUUUCUUUCAAGUCGGAUGUUUUCAGCUUUGGUGUGGUUGUAUUGGAGACUAUAAGUGGUAGAAGGAAUUCAAGAUCAACAAUGCUUGAGCUGGGUUUGGGUCUAAUUGGUCAUGCAUGGAGAUUAUGGAAUGAAGACAGAGCAUUAGAACUCAUAGACCCAUCACUUAAAGAAUCAUGUAACCACACUGAAGUCUUGAAGUGUAUCCAUGUUGGAUUGCUUUGUGUGCAAGAUGAACCUGCUGAUCGUCCAUCUAUGUCAACUGUAAUCCUCAUGCUGAGCAGCGAAAGUACUGCAUAUCAUUUACUUCCGAAAAAACCAGUUUUCUUUUCGAGGAGUUCGUCUGAGACUGCUGCCUCAACUUCCAGUCUAGGAGGUUCCAGCUUCUUUAGUAAUUUGAUCACUGUAUCGACUGUAGGCCGAUACUUGAACUUUUCGUUAAGUUGGUUUAUUGACAAGAACCACAUGGCACAGCAGUCCGAAUUCAGAGAAAAGAAUAAAGUUGAGGUUUCUGUACCAAAUAGCAGGAUUUCUUGCAAUUGUUGUAGCUGCAGGCUGAAGCCAAAGUAUCAAAGGUUUUCUGGUGGAUACUUUUUCAUUCUUAGUAGCUCCAUGAUGUGCCUAUGUUAUACCAUUUUCUUCUUGGUGCUAUUCGUAACUAUACUUCAAUGUUUGGUAGAAGUUUCUGCUGUUACUGACUGCUUGGAAGAAGCUUCUAAUGACAAUUCACUAAAAUCUCCUGGUGGAGUGUUUCAGUUUGGGUAUUUCACCCCAGAUGAGAAGAUCAAAAACAGUAUAUACUGGGGCAUAUGGUAUUGUAAUCAGUCCGAACCCAAGAUAGUUGUGUGGGUUGCUAAUAGAGAGAAACCUCUAAGGGACUCUAAUGGCUCCCUUGUAGUUAAAGAUGGUCAUGCCAUGAUUUUGGAUGGAAAAGGUUCUACUUAUUGGUCAACCAUGGGGUCUAAGAACUCGAACAAGACCACUCCCAAUGAGCCCUUUCAUAAUAGAGCUCAUCCGAUAUCUAAUGGAACUGUUGGAUCAAGACUGUGUCUGCGUGAUAGUGGAAACUUAGUUUUGUAUGAUAGACCAGACUCGAGAGGAGGAAAUCCAAUCUUGUGGCAAAGCUUCGAGCACCUAACUGACACAUUUCUCUCGGGGAUGAGUACAUAUGGAUUGUUAGAUCUUUCAUUCAACUUAAAUUUAACAUCUUGGUUGAACCAUAACAAUCCUGCAAAAGGAUAUUUUACAUUUAGGCAACAAGUUGGGUUGAUAAAUGGAUGGGAAGUUGUCAAAAGUGGACAUUCGUAUUGGCAAAGCAUAACAACCCAAUUUGACAAGAAUACAUUAGCAUUAUCUGGGUUGUUGUUCGAUAAAACUUCCAAUUCCUCGCUUCAAAAUCAUGCACGGCUAGUGAUGAACUCCACAGGGCAGAUUCAGUUUUGGAUACAGGAAAGUGAUUUAGGCUGGUCUUUGAAAUGGUCAGUACCAAAGGAUAGGUGUAGUUUGCAUAAUAUAUGUCCAAAUUUUGGCAGUUGCAAUAGUAAAACUGAUUUGUGCCAGUGUUUGCCUGGUUUUAAGGAACAGUACAAAGGGUGUUCUCCGAUAUCUGGACUUCCAAAUACUAGGAAUGAUAGCUUGAACGACAUUUUCUUGAAAUUGCCUAUGAUUGUUGUGGGAAACUCGACCUGUUCUGUAUCUACCGAAGAAAACUGUACUGCUAGUUGUAUUAAUGAUCCGAAUUGUGUAGCUUACGCCUAUGGUUUUGAUUGUUCGGGAUCAAGAAAUGCAAGCGAAAAGAGAUGUUUAGUAUGGAGUAACGAACUUACUAACUUGCAGAUGGAUUCUCCAGAUGGAAUUACAGUUUUUGUUCGCACAACGCGUUAUGAUAUAGAUCCAACUUCGAGAGGAUGCGAUCCUUGUGGAGCUUUCAUCAUUCCUUAUCCCCUAAGCACAGGGAAAAAUUGUGGAGAUCCAUCUUACUUUAAGUUUCACUGCAACGCAGAAACAGGCCAAGUUUACUUCUCAGCUAAAAGUAAUUACUUUAAUGUCACCUUAAUAGAUACAAACACACAAGAGUUUACCAUUCAAAUCAUGCACAAUAGUUGUGACAUGGCAUACAUAUACUUGAAAAACUCCUCACCAUUUAUUUUGAAGACUUGCAAAGUUGUUAAGGACCAACCUCUUAUUCAGGCUGUCGAGCCUUUUAUCGAGAUUGACAUAGCCUGGCAAACGCCGCAAGGACCUACUUGUAGUUCAUCCUCCGAUUGUAACCGCUGGCCCCACACCACUUGCAAAGCUAGUGAUGAUGGUCAGCAUAGGUGCAUUUGUAGAUCAAUGUUUCGUUGGAAUGGGUCGAAGCUCGAAUGUACUAGAGAAGUGCUUUUUCCUCUCAAGGUUGUGCUUCCUUGUGUUGCUGUUGCAUUAGCAAUAAUUCUUGUGUGUAGCGCAUUCUUUGUGUAUCGUAAAAGGAAAAGAAGAAUGGGUACAGGAGAUGGUUUACUGGAAUUCAACAGAGAUGAUACUGAAGGCAUAGAUGUGCCUUUUUUGGACUGGGAAAAUGUAAUAUAUGCUACAAACAACUUUGCAGAUGCAAAUAAGCUCGGAACUGGAGGAUUUGGUUCUGUAUACAAGGGAAAGCUUGCAGAUGGGCAGGAAAUAGCUGUGAAAAGGCUAUCAAAUGUAUCAGCACAAGGUGUCGAAGAAUUUAGGACCGAGGUCAAGUUAAUUGCCAAGCUUCAGCAUCGCAACCUUGUAAAACUUAUCGGGUAUUGCAUGAAAGCAGACGAGAAGAUUUUGAUCUAUGAACACAUGGUUAAUGGAAGCCUAGACUCUUGUUUAUUUGAUGAACAACAAUUGGUCAUAUUGGAUUGGAAGAAGCGUUUUGACAUCAUUGUGGGAAUCGCUCGAGGCCUUCUUUAUCUUCACCAAGACUCAAGGCUCAGAAUUAUUCAUCGAGAUCUAAAGCCAAGCAACAUUUUACUUGAUAUUGAUCUCAUUCCGAAAAUUUCAGACUUUGGCAUAGCAAAGAUUGUAGGAGGAAAAGAAACUGAAGCAAGCACUUGUAGAAUAGUCGGAACAUACGGUUACAUGUCUCCUGAGUAUGCAUCUGACGGAAUAUUUUCAGUUAAGUCUGAUGUUUUUAGCUAUGGUGUGGUCAUAUUGGAGACUAUAAGUGGUAGAAGAAAUUCUAGGAUCUUUAUGCUUGAGCAUGGUCUUAGUCUGCUAGGACAUGCCUGGAAAUUGUGGAACGAGAAAAAAGGAUUGGAAUUGAUGGACACAAAACUGAAGGAAUCUUGCAUAACAUCAGAAGUUGUGAAGUGCCUUCAUAUUGGGUUGUUGUGCGUACAAGAGGACCCAAGUGAUCGCCCCUCGAUGUCGACCAUAGUUCAUAUGCUGAGCGGUGAAAAUGUGAGUCUUCCGCUUGCUAAGCAACCAGCAUUCAUGAAUAGGAAGCCAUUACCUGAGAUUGCUUCUUCUUCCAGUGGACUGGAUUCUUGUGUGCAGGAAAUUCUGACAGUAUCUACAUUAGGCCGUUAAUAAAUCACAUUUUUCUCGUGUUGAAUGUUAACAAUUACUCCCUCUGUUUUCUCAUGUUGUAACUAUAAUGUAUUAUCGAUAAAUGUUUUUUAACUAUUAAAAUGUGCAACUAACAUCAA